UAUCCACUGGGAACUAGCAGCUACCCUGAGGCAAAAGGCAGUGUUUUCGGCCUGUGCGCUUGUGAGAUAAAGGAGCGUUUUGUGUUAGAGCGACAUGGCUUUUCAAUGAGCGUCGCCAAUUUCAGCGGAUAUUAAGGGUUUAGAAGGAGGCCGAAAUGGCGCCGUUGAAAACCAGCGUUUCUGAUACCAUCGAUAAAAUAGAUAUGUCACUCGAUGAUAUUAUCAAAUUAAACAAGCAAGAGCAGAACAGAAAGCAACUAAAAGGGAGAUAUAAUGGCUCUUUCCGGCAGUUCAGGAACAGUUGGGGCAGGUGGGGAGCCCAGCACACUUCAGGUGCUGGAAACAAUUUAAGGUCACAGGGGUUAAGGAAACGUCCAUAUGGUGUAAAAACAGGCCUGGCUAUGCGCAAAAUGGCAUCAUGGAAAGGCAUAAGUCCUCUAAACCAUCAACCUCUUGUGCGGAAUUCCCCAGGCCAGCUUGUGUCAUUUAGGAAGAGAUUAAAUCCUCAAAGGUCUCCAGACUCUGGGGUUAAAACCUCAUCUUCAUUGCAAAGAUAUUACUUGCGAAGUAGCUAUGCACCAACAAAUACAUUUAGAAGUGGAUUCAGAAUGGACCAACAGAGAGAAACCAGACAGGCAACAUUCCUCUCCAGACGAGGCUUAAAGGUGCAGACACUGAUGGACAUGGAUCAGCAUUUAGAUCUGCCAGAGCUUAGCAAGACACCUCCCUGGAGAACAUCUGUAAGCAGCGGAGGGUCACUGACUGUUUCCAUAGAUAAUCCAUCUGCUGUAACAUUACCCAGCUCUUUGGGUUCUAGGUUGCCUCGACCUCCAUUUCCAUUCCUAACAAAGAAAGAAGGCUCAGAAACAAAGGUUCCUAAAGGAGUCCCUCUAGAAUUUGAUAUAAACAGUGUGGCAAAACAGAGUGGAAUCACACUAAAUGAACGCUUCAAGAUUUUGAAAGAGCAAAGGCUUGCUCAGGCAUUCACUAAAGGGAGCAGAUUUGUGACAGUUGGAUGAGUUACAGUCUGCCAAAAGGCUCAUUUGUGUUUUUGUUCCUGUUAUGUUUUUCACUCUGACCCAUUGCUGAAAGGUUCUGCACCAAGGCUGCAGCUUUUCAACCCCUUCCCCCUUUUUUUUUUUCCUUUUGGAGAAAAGUUGAGGACUUUUUGUAUUGUUUUUACUGUGAAAUACACACAAAGGGACAUUUUAUCCAGGAAAACUGGGAUAGGACUUCAUUUUUUCAGGCACAAUUCUAUACAAAGCUUUGUCCUAAAUCAAGAAACCUUUAUGCGUACAAAGUACAUUGAUACUAAUUUUUUUAUUUUGUUGGAAAUGACCGUAUUCGUAUUAAAAAAAGAAACAAGAAUGAUUCACCUGUCCUCCUUGUACAGUUUUAUUGUACAAUUUUAUUUAUUCUUUAUGAUCCCCCAAAAAGCAAUUGGAGUCCUCAGGGACUAUAAUUUAUCCAGUGCUGAACAGGGAUGUAUUCUGUAGUUUCACAAAUGAUUUUACUUAUUUCUAAUGUUGCAAAUCAUUUGCAAUCCCUGCAGUUCUAAUUUGAUUUCUGAUAUUCAUACAAAAAUGAUCAGUCUUGAUGUUUUGCAGCAUAUCUGUCAAAGACUGUGAUACUGCUCAGUGCUAUUGUUUUUUUUUUGUUUUUUAUUAUUAAUUACUAGAAGACAGGUAAUAGUUUCUAAGAAAUAGAACCCAGUGCCUAGUUGCUGCACUGAGAAUUGCCAGUUGGAGAUUUUAGGGUGUUUGCGACCAUUUCCAAUUCAGGUAGCUAACUUUUGGGGGCAAGAGUUAUUUUCAAGGGUAUGAAUGGAGGAAUCCUUUUGAUACUCCACUUGCAUAGAUGGUAUGCAGCAAAAUUCUGUAUAGUGGUGUUGAUUAAACAGUCACUGUUUUCAUAA